UGCGCACGUCUACCAUCUUUAUAAGUUCCGCCGGUCCCAAUCUACUCAUUCAACCUUCACCCCACUUUGGUCCCCUACCUGUGUGAGGACGUUUUCGUGGGCCCACUGUUGUUUUACGAGUCCGUGAGUGCCGCCUGGCAAAUAGCCCUAUCACUGUCGUUCUAUUGGAAAGACUUCACCGACAAUUCACCGACGAAAACUUUUCCUAGUGCAGUCAUCGGUAUUUAUGUUCCUUCCUUGCUUAUAGGCCACCGGCCUACUCUUGGCCACUCGGCCGAAAAACAUUAGUCAGCACAGCAGUUGUUCCGCGAUGAGGGGGCCCCGUGCACAGGAGAUUUGCCGUCGGAAUGGUGAGAUAACAGGAAUUCGGAAUUGCGCAAGUCUGGUACGCUUAUCUCAUUAUCGUCGCUUGGAUGGUGUGGUAUUUAAUGGAAGAGCACAUCCUGCUGUGUCGCGCAGCAAAACCAUGGACGCUAUUGAUUUCAGUCACCAUUUGAGCCCCAUUUCCGCGGCUAGGACUCCAAGUCCCCUGAAAAGUCUUAUGAAGUACAUGUCCAUGGAUGGCAUGAUCAGUUUGGCUGGAGGUCUACCACAUCCGUCUCUUUUUCCAUUCGUCAAUAUCGAAGCAGAGGUUUAUUCUCCUGGCGUCUAUCUUCCCUCGAAUACAUCCGAGUCAGACUCGGAGCUUUUACGUUUCAACGUUCACAGGAAUGGAAGGGCGAAUGGGCAGGUCGUGGAUUUGGCCACUGGCUUGCAAUACGCACCCACCGCUGGUUUCCCAUGGCUUCUCCAAUAUGUCCGGGACUUUGUGCGCGUCGUCUAUCAGCCAGCCUAUAAAAAUUUCGAUGUCCUGAUGAACGAUGGAAGCACGGAUGGUUGGAGCAAAGUUGUCAACCUUCUCUGUGAGCCUGGCGACUACAUCCUCCUCGAAAAGUACACGUUCCCUUCUACUCAGGCGAACUGGAUACCGAUGGGAUGCAAGGGCGUUCCACUUGAGAUGGAUGCCCAUGGAAUACGUGCUGACGUCUUGGAAAGAACCCUCCGGGAAUGGGACAACGCCCAUCCCGGUGUGAAACGUCCACACAUUUUAUACGUGAUUCCCACUGGGCAGAACCCUACCGGCUGUACCAUGCCCGUCGCUCGUAAGCAGGAAAUAUAUGACAUUUGUGUAAAAUACGACGUUAUCAUCGUGGAAGACGACCCGUACUAUAUCCUCCAAUUCGACACCUACAAGCUUCCAAGCGUCGCUAAUGGUCACACGGCACCCCCGCCCCCGCCCAGCUACGACGAAGCGGCAUUCCUAGAUUCCCUCGUCAAAACGUUCCUGAGCAUCGACGUCCAGGGCCGCGUCAUUCGUCUGGACACCUUCAGCAAAACGAUGGCUCCCGGCAACCGUCUUGGAUUCUUCACCUGUAGCCCGCUCUUCGCCGAACGGAUCCUCCGCGCAACCGAGACCUCAACCCAAGCGGCCUCAGGCUGGUCGCAGUCCAUCGUCUCCGAGCUCCUCCACGCCUGGGGCCCCGGCCUCGGUGGGUACCUCCGCUGGCUGUCGGGAUUGCAGAGUCAGUACGUGAUCCGGCGAAACUGGAUGUGCGAUGCUUUCGCGAAGGAGUUCGACGCUGUGCAGGAGGGCGACGAGGUGAUUGUCUACGGUAAAGGGACAAGGGUGAAAUUGCUCAGCUUCGUGCCCCCGCAAGCCGGGAUGUUUUUGUGGGUCAAGGUGUAUCUGAGUGAGAACAAGGAGUAUGCGGGAUUAUUCAAGAGCUCGUCUGAGGAUCCAGAGACGGCUUUUGAGCAGAAGCUCUGGCAGGAUAUUAUAGAUGCGAAGCUUCUGAUUUCCCCAGGCAGGUUUUACGUAGCUUGGGAAGGUGAAAAGAAACCGAGAGAUGCAGCUGAACGCGACAUUGUCCAUUUCAGACUGGCGUUUUCUAUGACGACUAAAGAGAAGGUGGACCUGGCCAUUCAGAGGCUGGCAGGCGUCCUGCAUCAUGCGUGGGGACUUGCGUAACCGUGGCGGCAGAUUUCCCAUAUGACCAACCGGACAGUAGAUUACCCAAAUGUAAUUAUAUCUUGCGUGUUCGGAC